AUGGAAUCUACAUCUAAUAAAAAAAAGCCCGAAUGGAAGACGCGUUCGAACUUGGCUGCGAAAGGCUUCUUCUACAACGACAACAUCUCCACAAAAGCUUUGCCUGACCAUGUUAAGGCCCUCCGAGACUCAAUUCUCAACUUCAAGGACCAUGGGUCUGGUAAGGAGUUCGAUAAUAGUGAUAGAAGAAUCCGGGAUCGAGCUAAGAAUUGUGUGACGGGCGAUGUGUCUGAGCCAAACUGGAAAAUCUUUUUUGUUGGGAGCUUCCUUACUCCGCUUGUAGAAAGAACCUCUGCUUCGCACGGCUCACGCAAAGUGGAUCCGUGCAACAAUGGCAAUAACAAUAUCGUAGGGAUCAAGGCAGUACUGGAAGUUCCCGAAGAAUCAACGUCCUCUUCUGUGGAGUCAUUUUCAUACUCUGGCUUGGAAGAACUCUACCAGUACGGCUUGCGACCCUCUCCUUUUAAUGCUUUUAAGAAGAGAGCGACAGAAAAGGAACUGAGAUGUUUUCCAUGGCUUAUUAUCGAGAUGAAGAAGAAACAUACCCAACGCGGACGGAUCAAUAAGUCAAAAGAGGAGGCUUCCUGCCAAGCUGCCAAUGGCAGUGGAUGUGCUGUAAGACUAAACCAGAUCGCGGCGAAGUUUGCUGUGGAACUACCCGGUCAAGGGCAAAUCCCUCCGAUUCCAGCUGUUACUACAGCUGGACCCGAAGUUAAGGUUUGGAUUACGUAUUUUGCGAGAAAUUUCAUGGCACAAAGAAAGUUCACGACACAUGUUUCCCAUACAGCGAGAGGACAGUACCUCGACCCUAUCGAUCAAGGUUAUAUGAUGCAAUGCAUUUGGACCGGAGAUAUAACAGACCUUGAGGACGUCAAGAAAUUCCGACUGAUACUCGACAAUACUUAUAAUUGGGCAACGCAGGUACUUAAACCAAUGAUGAACACCUAUAUUCGUCAAUGGAACUUUGUCUACUCUGAAGCUGUUCGCAGCUUUGCGACUGCAGCAAUGGAACGUGAAAGACAGAGAAAGGAGCUGUCAAGAAAAACACUUCGAUUCGUCCUGGCUGCUCUGGGUGAUGAAGCAGACCUCGAUACUGACGAUGAUUUGCGUCGAGCUGCUAAGCUAAGGCUGGUGAACCUCUGCGAUGCAUUUGUCCAAGACACAGACCAAAUUAUUGCGGAGGAACUUGAGAAGUUAUACUUGAAGAACGCUGAUAGUGAGGACAAUGAGUACAGUGAGGAGAGUGAGGAGAGCGACGACGAAGACGAGGAGAGCGACGACGAAGACGAGGAGAGCGACGACGAAGACGAGGAGAGCGACGACGAAGACGAGGAGAGCGACGACGAAGACGAGGAGAGCGACGACGAAGACGAGGAGAGCGACGACGAAGACGAGGAGAGCGACGACGAAGACGAGGAGAGCGACGACGAAGACGAGGAGAGCGACGACGAAGACGAGGAGAGCGACGACGAAGACGAGGAGAGCGACGACGAAGACGAGGAGAGCGACGACGAAGACGAGGAGAGCGACGACGAAGACGAGGAGAGCGACGACGAAGACGAGGAGAGCGACGACGAAGACGAGGAGAGCGACGACGAAGACGAGGAGAGCGACGACGAAGACGAGGAGAGCGACGACGAAGACGAGGAGAGCGACGACGAAGACGAGGAGAGCGACGACGAAGACGAGGAGAGCGACGACGAAGACGAGGAGAGCGACGACGAAGACGAGGAGAGCGACGACGAAGACGAGGAGAGCGACGACGAAGACGAGGAGAGCGACGACGAAGACGAUGAUGAGGAGGACCUGGUAUAG